CAAAUCUCUUUCAAGGUAACCCAAGUGGAUAAACUUCAACCAGACCAGACUUGGGGAGCGUAUCUUCAUCGACCACUGUACCUCAUAAACGAUCAUCUUCUGCAGAGAGAGAAGGGCCGAGGUAAAGCAGAAUUGGGCGAUUCAUGGCGACGAAGGCGAGCCUGGUUAGUCGGUUGUUGGGGCUGAAGGAAAGGUCAGGGAAAACGUGGUCGCAGAUAGGGAGGGAGAUGGGCUUGACGAACGUGUACGUGGCGCAGCUGUUCAGGAGGCAGGCCCAACUCAAGCCCCACGCCGUCGACUCCCUGCGCUCCGCCGUGCCGCAGAUGCCCGACGACCUCAUCCACGAGAUGAUGAAACCUCCCAUGAGGUCCUACGAUCCUUCCCUCAUCCAAGAGCCCGCUGUGUACAGAUUGAAUGAAGCUGUGAUGCAUUUCGGUGAGAGCAUAAAGGAGGUCAUCAAUGAGGAAUUUGGGGAUGGGAUAAUGUCGGCCAUAGACUUCUACUGUUCUGUUGAUAAAGUAAAAGGUGUUGAUGGGAAAGAUCGUGUAGUGGUGACGUUUGAUGGAAAGUAUUUACCUCAUGUUGAGCAGAGAGCAGAAGACAUGGUCUCAAGGGCACCACAAAAGCCUAGCUGAAGAUACCUGGUUAUGGUGGUCAUGGUGCGAUGAUAUGAUUAUCUAGUAUGGAGUUUGAUCAGGCGUAUAAUGGCCUCGUGCAUGGCUGAUGGGAGGAAGCAAGGUCGACGCAGAAAUGUUUUUUUUCGAAGUUCUCCAAUUUCCAGGCGAACCGUUGUGCCUGAAUAUCUUUAAUAGCCUGCAUUUGACUUGUAUAAAGUUGCAAACGAAUAAUGUUAUUCCAUGAAUUAGAGAGCCCUGCGGCAAGUGGUCCCCAAAAACGAUGGUAUUCACAAAAUAUUGUAGGUGCUUUGUUUACGUCAGUUGAUUAUUGUGGAAUCCA